GGCAAGGAAGCCGCCCGGCAGAGGCACCUUAACCAGGACACAGAGGGUGAAGAGGCAGCAUCUGCAGCGCCCAAAUCCUGGAAGAUCCGCUACGAGAAGUCCUGGCUGCAUCGGCGCUGCUCCUCGCUCCUGCACAGUGACAGGCAGGCUCGGAAGGGCGGACAGCUGUUCUCGGGGCUGCUGGCCAUGAACGUGGUGUUUCUGGGCUGCGCCUUCAUAAGCAGCAUGAUUUUUAACAGGGUGGCGAUUACCUUGCGUGACGUCUGUAUCCUCCUCUCCAUCCUCAAGAUCCUGUCUCUCUGCUGGAUGGUCUACUACUUGCUGUGUACCAGCAGGAAGCCCCAUGCGGUGCUGUACAGGGACUCCCAUGCUGGGCCCCUCUGGGUGCAGGGGUCACUAGUGUUAUUUGGUGCCUGCAGCAUCCUCCUCAGUGUGUUCUGGAUCGGAUACGACGGCAGCCGCAGACACUGCAAAUCCCAGCUGGAAAUCCUGUUCCCAUGCAUAGAUAUCAUCUUCAUUUGCAUUCAGACGUACCUUAUAUGGCGCCACUGUAAGGACUGUACCCAAGUCCAGCACAACCUGACCAGAUGUGGGCUGAUGCUGACCAUGGCCACGGAUCUCCUCCUUUGGCUGUUAGCCGUGACCAAUGACUCUGUUCACAGGGAAAUUGAAUCUGCACUCAAAGGUCUCGUGCAGAAUUUUCUAGGCAACGAGACCAGCCCAUGCAGGUGCCCAAACACAACAGCCUGCUUCAUCUUCCAGAAAGGCUACAUCUUGCUGUACCCCUUCAACCCGGAAUACUGCCUCAUCAGCAGCUCCAUGCUGUACGUCAUGUGGAAGAACGUGGGCAGGCGCAUCCCUCCCCACCAGACCAUUCAUGCUAGGCCCAAGUUCAAGCUCCGGGGAGUCAUCGUUGGGCUGGUGCUGGGCAUAGCUGCCAUGUUCAUUGGGAUCUGUGUCUUCAUGGCCUACCAGAUCCAGGUCACCAGCUCAGGGCCGAGGCAGGUCUUUGUGCUGUAUUACUCCUACUACAUCGCGCUGCUGCCGGUGAUGAGCAUGGGGGCCUUGGCUGGGACAGUCAUCCAUGGCUUGGAAGAGCGCGAACUAGACACUGUGAAAAACCCAACCCGAAGCCUGGACGUGGUCCUGCUGAUGGGAGCAGCCCUGGGCCAGAUUGGCAUUUCUUACUUCUCCAUUGUUGCCAUUGUGGCCACCAACAGCAGAGGUCUGGUGGACAGACUCAUCCUGACCUAUGGAGUCAGCCUCAUCAUUCAGCACAUCACCCAGAACAUCUUCAUUAUCGAGGGGCUUCACAGGCAGCCUUUGGUGGAGAAGCCUGAGGCCAGCCCUGCUGAGGCUCCCCCACAGGACUCAGACCCACCCAGUGAAGAGGCAACCAUGUCACACACCAGCCAGGAGCCCACACUGCCCCCUGGUGACAAAGAGACUGAGGCAAAAGAAGGUGAGAAGUGUGAAGACGGUGACCCCAGAAGAGUUUACCCUCUAGAGAUAGAACAGAUCAGGAGGGUUUCGCAAACCUACAUCAAUACCUACAGCCACCUGAACUGGAAGAGGAAAGCCCUGAAGGAGAUCUCCAUCUUCUUGGUUUUGUGCAACAUCAUACUGUGGCUCAUGCCCGCGUUCGGGAUGCACCCCACCUUUGAGAACGGGCUGGAGAAGUCGUUUUACGGUUACUCCACCUGGUUUGCCAUCGUGAACUUCAGCAUGCCCCUUGGUGUGUUCUACAGGAUGCACUCUGUCGGGGGGCUCCUGGAGGUUUACAUGUCAUCCUGAUCCAGGUCCACCCCUCCCUCACCCGGUGGCAGAAGCGAAAUAGGAAAUGGAGCUGCACACAGCAGUAGCCAGAUGGAGACGUGGGAACCAAGACUCUUAUACUUCCAGCUCAUGUUCAUUUGGAUUUUCGCUUUGGCUCCUCUAAGCUCUGUUUCUCUAGGAGUUUUGGAUGAAAAGGGAUUUUAACAUGCUGGUAUCUAGCACCUUUCUCCCCAAAAAUCAAAACAAUCUAGACCAGUCUGUAAAAUAUCUUAUUGUGCAAUGAAACAAACUAGGGGGAGAAUAAUAGGUAUAACAUGGUUACUGCCUUCAGGACAUUGUAUGGUGAGUAAUGGGACUUCAAACAGCACCACCUUCAAUCCUCUGAACAUAAGAGGAGCAACAAGAUGCACAGACUCAAAUACUUCUGAAAUCAUUACCCUCCAUGUGUCAGUCAGCGACAAGGGUCAGGUACCCUAAUAGCAGUCUAAGAAUGAUGUCACAGAAGUACCUGAAGUAGGUGCCCCAUGGUUGAACAAAAAUGCCCAUAAGAUCAUAUAAGGUUCAUAAGAGCAUCUAUGAGGUGCAGUGUAGCGGCAAGAGCAAAUCUAGGAGCAUUCGACUCCUGAUUCUGACACUCGCUCAGUAUGUACCUUGGGCCAGAUGCUCAGAUAUUUAGUUCUUUAAGGGCUUGUCUAUGCCUGAAAUGCUGCACUGCUGCAUCUGUGCUGCUGAAUAGACAGUACCUGUGCUGGCAGGAAGGAUUUUCCUAUCGGCCUAGGUAAUCCACUUCCCUGAGAGGUAACAGCAAAGUUGCUAGAAUUCUUCUCCCAGCCUACCGCUGUCUAUACCAGGGGUUACACUGAUUUAAGUGUGUCACUCGGGGGGUGGACUUUUCACACCCUUGAGUGUUUGUAGCUGGGUUGAACUAACUUGUUAGUGUAGACCUGUCCUUACUGUCAUUGAAUUCAAUGAAAAUUAAGGCUGAUCAACACAGAAGACAUACAGCAGCACAGAUUUUUCACACCCCUGGGAGACGUUACGCCAUCCUCACCCUGGCGUGGGCUGAGGGAAGAAUUCUUCUGUUGAUCCAGCUACCUCCUCUCUGGCAGGCAGAUUAAUUACAGCGGCUGGUAACCCCCCCCCGCCACUGAUCCAAGUGUCAGCUGGGCCACUGUAGUGUUUUAAGUGUGGACACAGCCUAAGGUACCUAAAUACCCUGGAGGAUCGGGGUCUUUGGGAUUAAUUUUCAAAAAUGCUGGGCACCCACAACUUCAAUUGAUGUCAAGAGGGGCUAUGGGCACUCAGUGUCUCUCAAUGGCAGGUCAUAAACAGCUCAGUGCCCCUCAGUGAAUGGUCUGGCAGGCAUUUGGAGCACCACUGAGUGAAAAACACUUGGGGGGGAGGUGUCUACAUAGCAGGGCUUAACUCAAAAUAAGCUACACUUAACUCAAAAUAAACAGCAAUUGUGUAGCUUACUGGGAGCAUCUACACAGCCCUUAUUUCGAAACAGAGCACUCUUCCUCCUCGUACAAUGAGGGUUACAGGAGUCGGAGUAAGUCGUCCUCCAGCUUGACAGUAUUUCGAUAUUACUUGGAAAUAGCUGCCUGCCAGGUAGAGGCGGACUAAGUUAUUUUGAAAUAAUGUUGCUGUGUAGACGUACCCCCAGAGAAGCACUGUAAUUACCACUUAGCUUAAAAUUUGACAAUCCUCGGUCCUCCUUUUUAUCGAGUGCACUGUUUGCUCUCUGAGGAAAUGGAAUCAGCUCGUCUGUUUGUACCUGCGACAGGCACUCCACUGCAUGCUGUUUCGAUAGCCGAGGGAGGGAAGUUUCUAGUCUGUGAGAUACAGGGGGGGUCAAACUAGAUGGACACACUGGUCCUUCUGGCCUUGGAAUUUGCGGAAGCUCUAAAAUAAGCUUCUAAUAAAUCAACUGGGAACCCCCCCCCCCCAAUCACCAGCAUCCUUCCCUUGUGCUUGCCACAGUCUGUCUGCACUAAUGGGCAUUAACCUGUGUGCAAAUGAGGGAGUAAAAAUGCACCACACGGUGUUUGAUGAGAAACACAUUGGGUGUUUGAUUUAAGAGGGGAAACUGGGACGCACAAA